AUGCAGAAAGCUCAUCGUACCAAUUCUGUGGAACAAACCAGCAGGUCGAAAAGAAACAAUUCGACAGAUCAGUCCAACGAAGAUAAGAGAUGCCGAAGAGAUGAUCGUCAGUGUGAUGAGACGAAAUUUGAAGAUCAAGUCUACACAAAACUCAACACCAUCUAUGUUCACAUCCUACGAGAGAUCAAAUAUCGGACCAAUCUCGAAUGGCCAUGGUCCAAAGGGAAGCAACCACCAAGGUUUGAGAAGUCAAGAGACUAUUGCGAGUAUUACUGCUUCAGUGGACAUCAAACGGAAAAAUGCAAGAACCUAAAGAUCAUGAUCCAAAAGCUGAUCGAUGUUGGGGAUCUAAAUCAGUACAUCCAAAAGGCAGAACUUGGCAAUGACAGGACUCAGCGGAACAAGCAGGUCCAAUUACCUGAGGAGAACCUCAUGUUCAACACCAUCUCAUGUUUAGAACCCAGCGGCCCGUCACUAACUGACCAGAUAGGAAAAAGAUUGAGGAAACAAUUUGAAGACUAUUGCGAGCUAUACAAGAUCGAUGGGGACGAGGUUGACGAACACAAUCAAUGGAUAAAUGCUCCCAUGACGUUUGACAUUGAUGACGUCGAGGAAGACAUGGAAGAUCAUAACGAUCCACUAGUACUCACGUUGCCGGUUUCGGGACGUAACAUAAGGAAAGUUCUGAUCGAUGUAGGAAGCUCAGUCAACAUUCUGUUUUAUGAUACGUUCAAACGAAUGACGCUGAACGACGAGCAACUGAUGUCUUCGUACUAUACCAUAUAUGGAUUUAACGAUGCCCCAACAAAUCCAUUAGGAGACAUCGUCUUAGAAGUCAAAUAA